GACUAUCAUAGACAGUCAGAAUUCUCACAUCAGUUAUUCAAUUUAUCCUGAUAUUAUGCCACAGAAAACUAUGAUUCUAAAAUUAAAUAGCUUAUCAUAUAUAAAGUAAACUCACAGAUUCCAUGCAGUAUUGAACUUCUAUUUGACAGUUGUGGGUCGAGAAAGUAGCUUCCAAUAAGAAAACACAGUGCUGGGAUCCUGCAAUAGAUGCUAUGGUACUCUCAGAUUCUCUUUUGGCUCUAGCAAACAUAUUCAGUUGUCUGCGGAUGAUAUACAUCUUCUCUGUGAGUCCAUAUCUAGGUCCAAUGCAGGUUUCCUUGAGCCGGAUGGCAAUUGACAUGGUUAGAUUCUUCCUGCUGUUUGUGCUUGUACUGUUUGCUUUCUCAUGUGGUUUGAAUCAACUUCUUUGGUUUUAUGCUGCGAUGGAGAGUAGAAAGUGUUGUGAGAUAGAUAUAACUGCUGCACAUCCAGAAGGGAGCUCCUUCAAUGUAACCUCAGCUCCUAUUUCAGACUUAAAUAGUGCAUACUGGAAUGAACCAUCUGGUGGUGACUGUGAAAUUCGAAUGAAAUUUGCUAGCUUGUUUGAGACCAUGCAGACGCUGUUCUGGACAGUGUUUGGGGUAAUAGACAUGAACCAGUUUAACCUGUCUCACAUCGAGAGCUUCACCAAGUUCUCGGCGAAGAUAAUCUUGGGCACAUAUGCCGUCAUCACCAAUGUGGUGCUUUUGAACCUUCUCAUUGCUAUGUUGAACAAUUCCUACCAACUUAUUUCUGGCAAGGAAGAUGUUGAGUGGAAAUUUGCUCGCAGCAAAUUGUGGAUCAGUUACUUUGAUGACAAAUGCACUCUUCCUCCACCAUUUAAUAUUUUUCCAACCUCGAAGUUUAUUCUGCAUCUAGGCUCAUUGUCCAAGUGCUGUUCUUGUGACAGUACACCAAUUGUUACAAGUGAGUCUGAGGAUCUUGAAAAGGAACUGUUAAAAGAACAAGAGUCCAAGUAUGAGAAAGUUAUGCGUCACUUAGUGAGACGCUACAUCAUGAUGUCGCAGCAGGGCGCAGAGCACAGUUCCAUCAGCGAGGAUGACAUAAAUGAAUUGAAACAGGACAUUUCAGCUUUCCGAUGCGAACUGAUUGACAUCUUACAGCAGUCUGGCUACAGUGUAAAUGCAUACUGCAAUGCUGGUCUGGGGGGCCGUAAGACAAGGCAAAGAGAGCGUCGCAUGAUGAAAGAUUUUGACGUUAACACGACACGUGACAAUCUUGUUGGCCUGUGGCCUGGCCAACCCUCUCACCUGCAACGUGUACUCAUAUCUGCCACUGCCCCUGUAAUGAUAGCUGGAAGGAAGCCCGCAACUAAUGUAAGCGCUUAUGCUAUGGCAGCGCUUAAGAUGAAGCGCAAGAAAUUCUUAUCUGCGUCUGAAAAGAAUCGAGGCUCCCCUUACAAGCAGAUCCCACGAAUAGGCAGUGACCCAACAAGAUCUUCUUCAGAUUUGCAGCGGAGAACACAGCCUGGUCAGUCGCAGACACAAAUAGGAAAGGUGAAAAGCACCAUGUCAGAAUCCACCACUGAUGAGGGAGUGACAACUCAGUCCAGCGAUACGUUGGAGGCCAACGUAGAAUCUCAGAAGGAACCAGUAGCACCCAUUGUAGUCAAAGAAGAUCUCUAAACAAGAAAUUGUGUAGCGUUUCACUCGGCAUAAAUUUAAGUUCUGGCAAGGUAAUCUCAAAGACGGUAUGAAAGCAACAUUGCUUGUGUUAUGUGUAGUGCUGUAACCUCACUAGCACUUGUUUCCUUAAUAAACCUUUUCAACCACCUCCUAAGUUUACUCUGUGUUCAACAUUAAAAUUUGGCUUGAGACUAUAAUAGCGACACCAUAUGACUAACAAGUGAUUUCUGUACUAAUAUAUAUUAUAUAUACAUAUAAUUUAUAUAUCAGCCUGUCAUGAAAUAUUUGCUGUUAGAAAAAUCUAUUAAAGGGAUUCAAUAUAAUUA